GGAAGGAGGUCCCGACGUGUGCGCGUCUGGUGACGGGAUGGUGGAAGCUGUUGGCGUGAGCUGGCCCAGGAAUCGGGGACUCCGCGCGUCCGCUGUGUGCGCUGCGCCGAGGCGGUUGCUUGGCGCGGCGUGUGUGUAAUGGGGCUGCUCGGCGCCGCAGGAGCGGGGCCCUAGCCCCAGCUGGUGCGCGCGUCCGCCAGCGCCCUCCGACUUCUGCCCUGCCCGGCGGCGUUCCGGCACCGGAGCCUUCGCGCGUGCCCGUUCUGGAGCUCCGGCCUUGAAGGAUGACGAUGGGGACCCGGGCCCUGCUGCCGCUUCUCGUGACUUGGGGCUGGCUUGGGAGCCAGCCCCAGACGGGCUGGUGCCAAGAGCCUCACACCCCCGACUGGAAGAUGACGCUGAGGACCAUCAGGAACGGUGUUCACAAGAUCGACACUUACCUGAACGCUGCCUUGGAUCUCCUGGGAGGAGAGGACGGUCUCUGCCAGUAUAAAUGCAGCGAUGGAUAUAAACCUCUACCCCGGUAUGGCUAUAAACCGUCACCACCCAAUGGAUGUGGUUCACCUCUCUUUGGAGUUCAUUUUGACAUUGGCAUUCCCUCAAUGACAAAAUGCUGCAAUCAACAUGACCGGUGUUAUGAUACCUGUGGCAAUAAAAAACACGACUGUGAUGAGCAGUUUCAAUAUUGCCUUUCUAAGAUCUGUAGAGACGUGCAGAAGACAUUAGGGAUACCAGAGAGUGUACAAGCCUGUGAAUCAGCAGUCCAACUAGUAUUUGAUGCAGUUAUACAUUUAGGAUGCAAACCAUACCUUGAUAGUCAAAGAGCUGCAUGCAUGUGCCAGUAUGAAGAAAAGAGAGACCUUUAAAGAAGCAUAUGAUCUCCUACAGCUUCCUAUAUACUAGUAGAAGCCUUUUGUUACAAAGCUGUUCAAACCAUGCAGUUGAACAGGAAAAUGGUCUGUACUUCUGUUGAAGACACUAAUUUUAUAAAAUUUUGUAUAGCAUUUCUUCUGUCAGCUUUGCUGAUAUCUGUGACCUUUUGCAUACAUCGUAUAAAUGUUUUGACAAGUGGCCUUUAGAAUGGUACAUGUAUGGAUGACUCCUGCUCUAAAAGGAAGGAGGUGAACACUACUAAAUACUGCAUGGUCUGAAAAUUAGGUCAAAUUGUGGUUUUACCAACAAUCACUAUUUCUUCAGUGCCUCAGUAAAAAUGCCUGAUAAACAGAUGUUGCAAUCUGACUAUCUUAGCAUGAGAUGUAAGAUCUCGGAAUAGAUUUCUUCUCUGCUUCUGUGAUCCUGUGUGUGUUUAAUUGGAAGUAAGCCCUGCUGUAUCCAGAAUUGCAGCCGUAUUCUUAAGCAGGAGUAAGUUCCAUUGAAAGUGCAUUUUGUUUCUGAAAGGACUAAUAAAUACAUUUGCCCUGAAUAUCUGCCAGUAGUCAUAGUAUGGCUUCACUUAAAAUGGUGAAGUAUCUCUACCCAUUUAUAUAUCCAUGCCUAUGAGAUUUAAGUGCCUUAAGUGUUUAUGAGAAUCAUAAGAAGAUCUUAUCAACCCAAAGGAAAUACUUGCAAUUAUUCAGUGUGAGGAAGUUUACUAUUAGAUCCCUUUGUACUUGUAUUUUUAAGGGUCAUGGCAUGGCUUUGACAGGCCUGCUUUUGAUUUGAUGUUUAAUCAUUUUUAUCUUCACUUUUCUAUUUGACUGUUUAUAGAAAAUUUUAUUGUUUAUAGAAAACAAUAAAAUACUGUUUAUAGAAAAUUCUUCUCAAAACUCCUAUUUUGGUAUUGUUAAAAAUGAAGUUAUUCCUAAGAAACCAGUCCAGUUAAAGUUAAUUAUGAACGUCCCAGCAUAACCUGUGAUACUGCUGUCCUAUUAAUUUAAAAGGACUUGGUCUCAACUAUGUUCACUCAGAUUGAGACCUACAGAUUUUCAUUUAUUUUCUUUGGGUACUGACACAUUUUGUUUCAAAGACAUGCAGAGCAUGAUUCUUCCUGACAUAUUAGAACACUCAAGCACUGCAAAGUGUUGAAUGAAAUUACUUGAAAAGUAGUUAUAUUUUCUUCUGUAGCCUUUGUUGAGGAAACAUAUUUUAAGAAUGUUUUUAAGAUGAAAAUAUUACUAUAUAUGUGGGGGAAAGGGGAAGAAACAAACAAAUGAAGGCAUCAAAGCUUAAUCUGAAUCUGUACCAUGUAAUUUUUUUCUGUUAAUAAAAUAUAACUGCGUCAGACAUGACUG